AGCGCCAUAGCCACGGUAGUCCUGGCGACAAGAACCCAGCAACGAGAAUCAACAACAACAACCAGAAUCUUAAAAAAAAUAUACGUCAAAUAUACCGGGGGGAAACCACUGGAAAGUAGAGUGUGGUGUCCCAGCUGCGGUCAUGGCGACUUCCGGCUACGUGGAGGAUCUGCAGCAGCCCUCUCAGCCACAAGGGGGCAGCGUGAACGUGGCACCCGGGCAGCCCCCUGCUCCUCCUCCUGCUGCACCCGCUGCUCCCGCGCAGUUCCUGACGGAUCUGCAGACCAGCGCCGCUGCUCCUCCCGCGGCGACCCCGGCCGGACAGACCACGCCCCCUGCUCCGGCCCCUCCCCCUCAGCCACAGAAGAACGCGGGCUCACUGGCCACGCCCACGCAGCCCCCUCCCACUCAGUAUGUCACUGCGGAAAUCCAGAGCACUGCCACGCAGUCCACCAACGGCCAGACCACGCCCCAGUACAUCGUAGUGACUGUAACAGAGGGCUCCCUGCACUCUAGUGACUCUGUGUCGGACUCCAGCCCCCCUCCCGCGGGGGUCCAGACGGGGGUCCCUACCCAGGUGGUGCAGCAGGUGCAGACAGCCCAGCAGAGGUCCGUCGUGCAGACAGUGUCACAGACAGCCAAGACCGGGCAGGGCGCUCAGCUGACUGUCACCAACCUGCAGCCUGUCCACCUGAGUCAGGAGGUGCAGCAGCAGCUGCAGCAGGUGCCAGUGCAGCAUGUGUACUCCAGUCAGGUGCAGUACGUGGAGGGGGGAGACGCCAGCUACACCACCAGCACCAUACGCUCAGGCAGCUACACCUACACAGACGCCCCCCUCUACACCCAGACGGCCGCCGCCUCCUACUACGAAGCCCCGGCCGCCUCGGGGUCGCAGGUCACGACCCCCGUGACCUCCCAGACCGUGGCGGUGACGACGGGAGGGGGCGCGGUGUCCAUGUUCGUGUCGGGGGCGGGGCAGAUCGUGGCCAACACCACGGCGGGCACCGGCGGGGGCGGCGGGGGCACCGCGGCCGCGGGCACGGCCCCGGCGGGAACAGGGGCGGCGGCGGCAGCGGGCGCAAGCGGGAGCGGGGGCAGCUACGUCAUCCAGGGGGGCUACAUGCUGAGCGGCAGCAACACCACCAAUCAGAGCUACUCGCACAACACCCGUGCGUCUCCCGCUACAGUGCAGUGGCUGCUGGAUAACUACGAGACGGCGGAGGGCGUGAGCUUGCCGCGCUCCACGCUCUACUGCCACUACCUGCUGCACUGUCAGGAGCAGAAGCUGGAGCCCGUCAACGCUGCCUCCUUCGGCAAGCUCAUCCGCUCCGUCUUCAUGGGCCUGAGGACGCGGCGGCUGGGCACCCGAGGGAAUUCCAAGUACCAUUACUACGGGCUGAGGAUCAAGGCCAGCUCCCCUCUGCUCAGGCUGAUGGAGGACCAGCAGCAUCUGGCCAUGAGACAACAGCCCUUCUCUCAAAAACAGAGGAUAAAGCCAGUGCAGAAGGUUGAGGGGAUGACCAAUGGGAUGGGUCUGGGGGGACAGCAGCAGGCGGGAGGUCUCUCUGACAUCAGCGCCCAGGUGCAGCAGUACCAGCAGUUUCUGGAUGCCUCUCGCGCUCUGCCCGAGUUCCCCGAGAUCGACCUCCAGGGCAAAGCACUGCCCGACGGGAUAGUACUGGAGCACAUCAAGGGCUUUCAGGUGCUCUACCGCGAGCACUGCGAGGCCAUCCUGGACGUGAUGAUCAACCUGCAGUUCACCCUGGUGGAGACUCUGUGGAAGACUUUCUGGAGGUUCAGCGAGGGCCAGGCCAGUGAGUCGGACACGCUCAGUGUCCACGACGAGUCGGAGAAGCGGCUGCCCAAGUCGUGCCUGGUGCUGCUGUGCAAGUACGAGCCGGUGCUGCGCUGGAGCCGCGACUGCGACAACACGCUGUACCAGGGCCUGGUGGAGAUCCUGAUCCCCGACGUGCUGCGGCCCAUCCCCAGUGCCUUAACACAAGCCAUCCGCAAUUUUGCCAAGAGCCUGGAGAGCUGGCUGACCAACGCCAUGAUGAACAUCCCGGAGGAGAUGGUCCGCAUCAAGGUGACGUCGGCCAACGCCUUCGCGCAGACGCUGCGCAGGUACACCUCUCUGAACCACCUGGCCCAGGCGGCUCGCGCAGUCCUGCAGAACACCGCGCAGAUCAACCAGAUGCUGAGCGACCUCAACCGCGUCGACUUUGCCAACGUGCAGGAGCAGGCCUCGUGGGUGUGCCGCUGCGAGGACCGGGUGGUGCAGCGGUUGGAGCAGGACUUCAAGCUCACCCUGCAGCAGCAGAACUCCCUGGAGCAGUGGGCCGCCUGGCUGGACAGCGUGGUCUCCCAGGUCCUGAAGCCGUACCAGGCCAGCCCCACCUUCCCCAAAGCGGCCAAGCUCUUCCUGCUCAAGUGGUCCUUCUACAGUUCCAUGGUGAUCAGAGACUUGACCCUGCGCAGCGCGGCCAGCUUCGGCUCCUUCCACCUGAUCCGGCUGCUGUACGACGAGUACAUGUACUACCUGAUCGAGCACCGGGUGGCACAGGCCAAGGGGGAGACGCCCAUCGCCGUCAUGGGAGAGUUUGCCAGCUUGGGUAGGAGUCUGAACACACUGGAUCCUGACAAAGAGGAGGAAGAGGAGGAGGAGGAGGAGAGCGAAGACGAGUGCCAGGAGCUGUCCCUCCAGUCGGACCCAGCCGGCCUGGGCGAGGAGUCGCUGGAGCCUCCGGCCAAGCUGGCGAGGACUGACACCAGAGCGCUCUUCAACACCGGGCACGCCGAAAACUGAUAACCCCCCCCCACCCUCCCCGCCCACGCCCA